GUAAUAUAAGAGUAAAUCAGGUAUAAUUGCUCCUCCACACACACACUGUCCUGUAGGCGCAGCAGCAGAUUCAGUCAGACUUCAUCCGCUCGGCUCAGGAAGAGAAAUCGGCCAUCUCUAAACCGGCCAUCACUGCAAAUAUCACAGGCUCUAAAUCCAGAAAUCACAUUAAGCCCGGGAGGAAUACCGCGAUCCACGGGAACAGGUAUUACAGUCCUGCUGAGGGGAUGUUCAGUCUUGCAUCGUAAGGAAGAUCACUUUGCCCACCUGACACAUGAGGACCACUCAUUGUACAGGGAUCAUGAGGGCUGCGCUUUCGUGAGAUAUCAAAGGACUCUGGUAAUGUGCCAUGGGGUACGACGUCACCAGGUUCCAAGGAGAGGUGGACGAGGAUCUGUUAUGUCCCAUCUGCAGUGGGGUACUGGAGGAGCCAGUGCAGGCCCCGCAUUGUGAGCAUGCUUUCUGUAACGCCUGCAUCACACAGUGGUUUGCACAGCAACAGAUCUGCCCUGUGGACCGCACCGUGGUGACUCUAGCCCAUCUUCGACCCGUUCCCCGAAUCAUGCGUAACAUGCUUUCCAAGCUGCAGAUCACCUGUGAUAACGCCGGCUUCGGCUGCACGGCCACCCUUCGGCUCGACCAGCUGCAGUCACAUCUCAAGGACUGCGAACACAACCCUAAACGACCCGUCACGUGUGAAGAAGGCUGCGGGCUAGAAAUGCCCAAAGAUGAGAUGCCCAAUCACAACUGUAUUAAGCACCUACGCAGCGUGGUGCAACAACAGCAGACCAAGAUCGCAGAUCUAGAGAAGACUGCAGCUGAGCACAAGCACCAACUUGCAGAACAGAAACGUGACAUCCAGCUCCUGAAAGCUUACAUGCGAGCGAUACGAAGCGCUAACCCUAACUUACAGAACCUGGAGGAGAGCAUAGAGUACAAUGAGAUCCUAGAGUGGGUGAACUCUCUCCAGCCUGCUCGCGUGACCCGCUGGGGAGGAAUGAUCUCCACACCCGACGCCGUCCUCCAGGCCGUCAUCAAACGAUCACUCAUAGACAGUGGAUGCCCGUUGUCGAUCGUUAAUGACCUCAUCGAGAACGCCCACGAGCGUAACUGGCCCCAAGGCUUGGCCACGCUGGAGACACGGCAGAUGAACCGCCGAUAUUACGAAAACUAUGUGGCCAAGCGCAUUCCGGGUAAGCAGGCCGUGGUGGUGAUGGCCUGUGAGAACCAGCACAUGGGUGAAGAUAUGAUUCUGGAGCCGGGGUUGGUUAUGAUCUUCGCUCAUGGCGUUGAAGAGAUCUUAUAGUCUGUACAUAGGUGGGUGCCAAUAAAGAAAAGCAGAAAGGGGUUUACAGAGACUGAAUUGAUUCCCCCCUCUAAAAAAUUCUCAGUUCAUCCCACUUAAAAUAUCAAGACCUCAUCGGCAGUCGUUACCUCAAAUUCUAAGGAAGGACACAGGCAGAGAAAGCGCUCCGCUCGUGGACCUCCAGCAUUCCCUAUUCUCUUUGCCUUAAAUGGACAUUUUUCAAAAAGUGGACCCUAAUGACAAAAACCAACUUGAAACAUUAUCAGGGACGAUGGUACACGUAUGUUUUAACAUUAACAUUGAAAUCAAAAGGAUUUGAAGUGAUGUCUAAUUUCCCCUUUAACAUUUAUUUCCCUCUUGAGAGCAAAUAUGUGUCACGGCUUAAGACAAUUUAAGAUUCUUGUAAAUACAGAUGAUAAAGAAAUAUAGACAAAUAUGCUAUCUGUUCUUGUUCUAAUAGAGUAGUCGACAUAUUUGCUGUCUUCACCUAAGUUUGCUAUUUAGAGUAGAGUGUUUUAACUACCAUGGAUCUCAAUCUUUCUUUUUUUUCUCAAUAGAGCUAUGAUUAAAGUAUGCUAGAUAAAGAAUUCUGCUCGGUGUUUGCACUGUGUGCUGAUUGGAAAAACAAGAUGUCAUGAAUCUUGUUUUGUGAAGAUGUUUGUUGGAAAGAGUGAUGGAGAGGAUAUGAUAGAAAUCAACAGCUGAUUUGAUACCUUUUAUUCCACUCUUUAGUUUUCAAAUAAAUUUUCUCCAGAAAUAUUUUUUUUUCUUCUACUGGCAACACUGGCUAUUACACUAUUAUAAACCAGAACCAGAUUUUUCUUCUUUAAGAUGGUCUUAGUCACAUCAAAAUUUUUUGUCUAGUAGUUUCACCAUAUGCGAACCCAUAAAUGAUGGAUGAAAAGCUUAUGAAUCAAUAUGAAGUAUAAAAACAUUGUGAAAAAUGACCAACUUACCGCUGAUGUAAAACAUGAUGUCUGUGGGAUCUUCUGCAGAUGCUCAACCAUAUCUGGACCUUUUUACCUUCGUGGUUUACAUCAGAACUGUUUUUUUAUCCAUCAUUUGCCACAGCACCUCUUGAUGAAUUUCAAAUAAUAAAGAGAGAUGGAAUGGUUGAAUGUUUGUGUAUAUUGUGCAAUUGACUCCUGGAUAAGUGGAUAAGAAUUUAUUUUGCAUAUUUUAUGUACCUUCAUUGUACAUAGUUGAUUUAAGAAUCGGUUUAAUUUGUGUUGUACGAUAGUUGUCUCUGCAACCAAAGUGUUUUAUUGUGUUGUAUGCACAUCGUGCUUGCUUUUUUUGUUGUUGUUGUCAUUGCGCGGACAUCGAUAAUGUAAGUUCAGCGAUUCUGAAAUGUAUCUUCAGAGCUAUUGUGUGUCAUCUGCUUCAGUGUUACAUAGACCUGAAUGCUCAUUGCGUUGUUUACAGUAGCUUUUUUGAAAAUGUUGUUCAAUGAGCUGAAAACUAAGGACCGAGAAUGUUUUACUCUGCAUUAUUCAGCCAGGUCUGUGAGUGAAUUGGGGAGAAAUGUCUGUGAACUUUGCCUUAUCACACUUCAUUCGAUGCUUCGUUGCAUGAUCGCUGUGUCACAUGGCUUCUCUGCACAUCGUCUCACAACCGCACUCUGAAGCUGGAGAGAUUAAACAUGACCCAGUGUGUUUCACUUCUUGGUUCUGAUGGAUCUGAUCACCUUCCGUAUCAUUCAUAAAAAUAAAAGUUCACAUUUUUGCGUUCGAUUCAUCAUCUCUUACUGGACACGCAAGACUUUCUUGACUCUCAGGUUUUAUCAUCUGAUAACAGGGAUGAAACGUUUGAAGAGCUCAUGUUUCCUGCUGCAGCAUUGUCCAUGGAUGUGGCAUUCUUCUGUUUGUUUUUGUUUUUUAUUCGUGCUUUUGUGCUGUGGGUUACUGACAGAAUGAAUAAAUAUCAAUGAUUUUGCAAUACGA